AUGUCAACAAUGCAAAACAAUGAAAUAUGUAAUUUCACUUGCACAGAAUGUGAUAAUUUUUAUAGAAGUGAACAUGAGUAUUUAAAUCACAUGCAAUUGCACUGGGGAGAAGUUUGGAAAUGUUUGCAGUGUGAUGACAAAUGCACGUUGUUUAAAUCGCAAGUUGGAUUAAAAGAACACGAGGGUUUGUAUCAUGGUUCAGAUAAACCAUUCAGAUGUUCCAAAUGUAAGCUAGUGUUCGAUAGAGUUUCGCAGUUGGACUACCAUGUGCGGAGCAUUCACUUGGGUGAAAAAUCUCAAGUAUGCCAGCUGUGUGGAAAAGGAUUUUUUCGCAAAGCUGACUUGAAGACACAUCUCAAUGUUCAUCUUGGUACCAAUCAAUGCAUUUGCGAGUUUUGUGGACGUCAAUUUAAUCAUAUUUCUAAUUUGAUUCGUCAUCUAAGAAUUCAUGAAGGAACUAAACCAUACCCAUGUUCUGUCUGCGGUAAGAGAUUUACUCAAGUCAGUUCAUUGGCAAGACAUAAAUUAAUUCACGAACGAAAUAAUGAAACUACAAAUGAUGAACAAGGACAAAUAAGUUUUCAGACUGUAACAAAAAAUAAAACAGCUAAACUUAAGCCUGUAAAACGUCAACAUUACUGUCAAACAUGUGGCGACAGUUUUCAGCUGAUGGUGCUUUUAAAAGAACAUGAAAAAACUCAUAAACCAUUACCAGAACCACAGAAGGCUUAUCAGGUGUCGCAGAAUGAAGAUAAAACAAGAAAUGCAUGUUUUAAUGCUGACAAUUUUUUGGAGCGUAUUCAUCCAGUCCGUGAUGAAAGUAUUGACAUUUCUGAUAUCCUAAGUCCUUAUUGUGAUGAAUUGGAAUUACCAACGACAGAUCUUAUGCAGCGCGAAGACGUCGGAACUGAAAUGGCUAAAAAAUUUACAAAUUUAGAAAUUUCAAACAGAGAAAUACGUAAUAAUAGUGUUAAUAAUCCAAACUGUGUUCAUAUAGAGAAAAAUCAGUUUUUAAUAGAAGUUUGCGAGUCUGACUAUUUAAAUAAUUUAGGACUUAAUUCAUUGGAGCUGCAUGAUAAUGUGAUAUUACCUGAUAAUCAUUUUAAUAAUAUAAAUUACUGUGUUGAUAAAUCAUACACGCUGCCGAUAGCAGUUGUCGAUAAAGAUUUAAAUGAGCAGUGGGAUUUGCAGUCGACAGUUAAUUCAGUACUUGAACAAUUAAAAGAUACCAGCAUUAAUUUGUUAGAAAAUUUGCAACUACAACCGAUAGAUCAAAAUCCCGAGGGUUAUCGCGGGUCCGAUGACCUGGUCGUAGAUUUUAACAACGAGGAAGUUCAGACUCAAACACCGUUGGUACGGUUGGUACAAAAUGAGGAAGGAGAACAGUUUUUUGAACUAGUCCGUGAUACAGUUCACUUUGAAAGUCAUGAUAAUAAUUUACAAAAUCAAAAUCAAAAUAUUUUCUCGGGAGUCACUAGUCAAGCGAUGGCUUCCGUGACUGCUGAUAGCGUUCGUAAAAAACGGUGUAAGCCAAAAUCGCAAGGUAAGUUGCGGAUAAAAGAUUUGGUAAAACCGAAGUACCGAUGCACUGUUUGCAAUAAAUCUUUUUCUUCGACUUCAAACUUGAAACAGCAUGCAGGAACUCACUCUGUUGAUCAAAAAAAAUUCCAGUGUAAACAGUGUGGAAUUUCUUUUGCUUGGAAGUCGACGCUUAAUAAACAUAUUGCUGGUAAUCAUCGGCCUGAUGGACCUUUGAAGUUUGUUUGCGAGAUUUGUCCAAAGGUUUACAGUACUUUGUCUCAAGUUAAUGAACACGUCAAGAGAGAUCAUUUGAAGGAACGUAACUUCAAAUGUUCAGAGUGUGGGAAAUCGUUUUUUAAGAAAUUUGAUUUGAAGUCUCACAUAAGAACGCACACUAAUGAACGACCGUAUGCUUGUAAAAUUUGUGGAAAAAGCUUUCAUCACCAAAGCCAUAUUAUUCGACACGAGCGAGUGCAUUCUGGUGAAAGACCUUACACGUGCGAUAUCUGCAAACAAAGUUUUAGUCAACCUGGAUCACUUAAAGUUCAUAGGCAAAGGCAUCAUUUGACAAAAGUUGAUAUUCUUGAUUAUCAAAUUAAUGAAGAUGAUCCUCUAGCUCUGAGUGCUGCUUAA